AUCAAAGCAGUUCUACUUUAUUUUUUGCAGCACCUUUACGUAAAGACUAGAGGUCCGUUGAGUUAAAGAAGAUAAAUUAAGAUAUGGAAGAACUCCACACCAGUGUAUCACUAUCAACGAAGAACAAUUUGAUGAUCUUCCUCUUCCUUUUCUUCUUCUUCUUGUUGCUUGCAGGAGUUGGAGCCCAAGCAGACGAUCACAAUCGGGAUGAUGAGUGCCUGCCCAAGAGGUGCGGAGCCAAGGGCCCAGAAAUUCGGUUCCCGUUCUGGCUAAAGGGUCAUCAACCAGAGCGCUGUGGCUAUGGGCCUGGCUUUGCUCUAACCUGCUCUCCUACCGAAAACAAAGAAACCCUGCUUGACUACCCAUUUUCUUUCAAGGUAGUGGUCAAACAAAUCAAGUACGAUUGUCAGCUCAUAAGAUACGAGUUCUCCAGUAAUUAUGAUCCGCAUCAGCAAAACCUAAGCUUAAUACUCAACACCUCUCCCUUCAGUCCCUUCCAAUUGUGGCUCAACACUGUCCGUCAAUACGAAGUAUUCUAUUGUCGCUCCUACUCAGGCCGUCCAGGUCACAAUCUCUUCUUGAUGAACUCGGAUUAUUUAAUCACGAGAACCCUGUUGAAUUGUUCAAAGAUGCAUACUCUAUCAGUUCCGUGUUUCUAUCUGCAUCAAGGCUUAUACGAUUCUGAAGGCUUAUGGGGCUGGUCAGCCUGGUCCGAACCAAGUUGUAGGAAAUGUGAAGAAAACGGCACGUAUUGCAGAUUGAGUAGUAGGAGCAAUCACAGCAAGAUGGAUGAAACAGAAUGCUUUGACAUCCCUAAGCCAGGUGAAACGAAAAAACCACAUCAUGAAACAGGUUUGAUCCCAAUUAGUCUUUUUGCCCUUGUUGUACUAGUCAUAGCUACAUAUUUUGUCCACGGAACAAACAAUUCAAAGAAAGAGGAUCAAGUAAAGAUUGAAAGAUUUUUAGAGGAUUACAGAGCUCUCAAGCCUUCAAGGUACACAUACGCUGAGAUAAAGAAAAUUACUCAUAAUUUUAAGUACAAACUCGGCCAAGGAGGUUAUGGAAUAGUUUACAAGGGAGAGCUUUCCAAAGAUGUUCCUAUUGCAGCCAAGAUCCUCAACAACUUCACUGGUAAUGGUGAUGACUUCAUCAACGAAGUGGGAACGAUAGGUACGAUCCACCAUGUCAAUGUGGUUCGCUUGGUCGGAUAUUGUGCGGAUGGGUAUAAAAAAGCUCUUGUCUACGAGUUUUUGCCGAAUGAUUCUCUAGAGAAGUUCAUAUCAUCUGAUCAUAAAAGAGCUUCACUUGGUUGGCAGAAGCUUCAAGAUAUUGCUCUGGGCAUAGCCAAAGGAAUUGAAUAUCUUCACCAAGGUUGUGAUCAGAGAAUCCUUCAUUUCGAUAUUAAGCCUCAUAACAUCUUGUUAGACAAAAAUUUCAUUCCAAAAAUCUCUGAUUUUGGGCUAGCCAAGUUGUGCUCGAAAGAACAAAGCGUUGUAUCCAUGACAGCUGCUAGGGGAACUGUGGGUUAUAUUGCACCGGAGGUGUUCUCUAGGAACUUCGGCAAUGUGUCACACAAGUCAGACGUCUAUAGUUUUGGAAUGUUGUUGCUUGAAAUGGUUGGAGGGAGGAAGAAGAACAUUGAUGUUCGUGCAGAAGAAAAUAGCGAUGAAGUUUACUUUCCUGAAUGGAUUUAUAAUCGUUUAAAUUGCGAAGAAGUAAAUAACAAUGAAGUUGAGGAAGGAGGAGAUGCCAAGAUUGUUAAGAAGCUAACAGUUGUAGGACUUUGGUGCAUCCAGUGGUACCCAGGAGACCGACCCUCAAUGAAAGUUGUGGUUCAAAUGCUUGAGGGAGAUGGAGAUACUUUGGGCAUGCCCCCGAAUCCCUUUUCUACCACCAAUGAGUCAAUUACAAGGGGAAACAUGGGCGGAAGGCAUUUUAGUAGUAUCUUAGAGAUAAUUUCUGAAUCCGAUUGAGAGAAGUGUUGUAUAUAUAAUAGGACAGUGUUUUUAGGGAAGUCAAAUGCGCUAUCUUUUAUUUGCGAGUAUCGUGUAGAAGUCUGGACUCAUCUAUUGUACCCUUAUGCCCAUACUAUUUAUGACCGAUAGAAUAAGCUCGAAAUUAUGUUUUUUUG